UUUUUAGAAAGGAAUAAUAGGACAUAACAUUUACCUUGUGCCUAAUAAAGUUGCUCUAUUUGAAUAUUAUAAAGAUUAAAAAUUAGAAAUUCCACUCAUCACUUGAGUAAAUAAAAUGUGUUAAAUUAAAACUACUCGCUCCGUCCUAUGAUUAUUAAUUAGUGUAUGUCCUAAUAUAUAUUUCCUACUUCCUACAGCAACUUCAGUUGUUAUGCCAUUUCUCCGGCGUUAUUAUCUCCAACGUUUUCUGAGUAUUAAGACAAAUCAACUCUCUAGAACAAGAGAGAGAAAUAAUGGAAACAAGCAAAUUAGGUGAGGCAACGCUGCAAGGCCAAGCGGAGAUUUGGCAAUACAUGUUUAGCUUUGCAGAUUCCAUGGCGCUUAAGUCUGCUGUGGAGCUCCGCAUAGCUGAUAUAAUACACUCUCACGGUGGCGCCAUCACUUUGUCACAAAUAGCUUCAUGCAUUGGCGGCUCUCCUCCUGCGGAUAACACCUACCUUGCUCGCAUCAUGAGAUUGCUCGUCCGUAGAAAGGUUUUCUCCGUCCAGCAUCCAUCAGACGGAGGAGAGCCUCUGUACGGCCUGACUCUCUCGUCUACAUGGCUUAUACAUGACUCGGAGCUUACCCUGGCGCCCAUGGUACUGAUGGAGAACCAUCCAUGGCAAAUGGCUCCUUGGCACUGCUUUAGCGAAUGUGUGAAAGAAGGUGGAAUUGCUUUCAAGAAGGCUCAUGGCCGUGAGAUAUGGAACUUUGCAUCUGAGAAUCCUGAAUUCAACAGGCUUUUUAACGAUGGCAUGGCAUGUACAUCCAAGAUUGUGACCAGGGCAAUUCUGACAGGGUACAAAGAAGGGUUCAGCUGCAUGGGAUCACUGGUUGACGUUGGGGGUGGUAUCGGAGGCUUAAUAUCCGAGAUUGUGAAAGCAAAUCCGCACAUCAAAGGAGUGAACUUCGAUUUGCCUCAUGUCGUCUCAACGGCACCGGCAUACCAUGGGGUCUGCCAUGUUGGCGGUGACAUGUUCCAUGCCAUUCCAGAUGCUGAUGCAGUCAUGAUGAAGUUUUGUCUUGUGCAGUGGAUAUUGCACGAUUGGGGCGAUGAGGAUUGCGUCAAAAUUUUAAGGAACUGCAGGAAAGCAAUACCAAGAGAAAAUGGGAAAGUAAUUAUUGUUGAAUGUGUUCUGAAACCAGAUGGAACGGACCCGUUUGAUGACAUGGGGUUCAUAUUCGAUCUCCUAAUGAUUGCACACUCCUCUGGCGGGAAGGAGAGAACCGAGCUCGAAUGGAAGAAAAUCUUGGAAGAAGGAGGCUUCCCUCGCUAUAAAAUCAUCAACAUUCCUGCCUUUCCAUCCAUCAUCGAGGCGUAUCCAGAGUAGCAUGAGAAAUUAAUUCCUUCUUGCUGUUUAUGUUAUGGCAUUUAGCAUAAUGCAUGCAAUGGUGACUUUCCAUUUUGUGAAUCUGCCUUUUUUCUAUUCACUAUCUGUCCAAUUUGAAUAAAGAAAGAAGCCAAAAUUUGUGGCAUAUUAGUUCAACUAAAAUAUUGAAACUCCACCAUCAUGUAAAUUAAGACUCUUCGUUUGGUUGUUAUUACUUUUAUUACUAUU